UUUUUUUUCCUCAGCACCGGUGCGUGUAGCAUCGUUCCCGACGCCGACCUCCCUCGCCGCCGGCGACACGGGAGUCGCCGCGUCCUUCCAUCGAGCACCUUCUCUUGUGGGGAGGUGUCACGCAUGGAGCGGAAAUCCGGGAUCGAUUUCUCCUGCUGUUGGUAAGUAAGCAAACCCUAGCUUGCUUGGCCGUUCCAUUCCAGUCCGUGAAUGGAAGUUCGUUUCGUGGGGCGGCCGCCCCCGUUCGCAUCGAACCCCAAUCCGUGCAUCCUCUUCCUCGAUCGCUUGCCGCCGUCGCUCGGGACCGCGCCGCCCGCAAGCUCGCCGGUGCCCAAGUCUCGUCGGAGCAGCUGGAGCCCACCAGGCUCUCCCGCGCCGCUCCGUCCGCGCUGUUCCGGUCGCCCCUCACUCGCGGAGCCGAUUUAGGGCUCCACCUGGGUAAGGAGACCGCGUCGACUCGUACGAUGAACCCUAAUGAUUUAACCAAAUUCGUAAAUCUCUCCCACCAUCGACUUGCCGAUUUGUUUGCUGCGCGCUGCCCUAAUGAUGUAAUCAAUUCAUCCAUGAUUCUGUUAGGUUCUUCUCAACGGCAAGUUCAAUCUCAGUAGAUACAAUUGGAUUUGAUUCCCAAGGUCUCUGCGCAAGCGGGCCAAUUUUCCCCCAGAUACCCCUCCGACCCCGCGCCUCCCUCCUGCAGACGCCGCCACCCGCGCCUCCCUCUGCGGCCGCCGCCUCCGCAGCCUGCAUCCCUGCCCUCCGCCAGCUCCUGUCUAUCCCCGCCCGUCCGCCACCUCCCCGCCAUCCCUCUGCCCAGAUCCCGGCUGCCGGCUCCCAUCCAUCCCCACAGGGCUUCUGCGACUGUCCAUUGCCAACGCCACAGGAGGAGUAGGAGGACGCGUCUGAUGGCCCCACUGUUUUCACAUCUCUCCUCGCUUCAAGGUCAUGUGGUGUGGCCCUCUAAUUGUGAUUCAUUCAUACUUGUUUUCUUUUGGCAGCCGCUGAGGAUACCGCUCCUCCACGUAGUCUACUAUGAUUAGAUUAUUGUUUACUAUGAUACUAUGCUAAAUCAGAGUAUGGAUACUAAAGAAUACGUACACAAACAAGAAUCGGGAACCUAGUUUUGUUUUGAAUUUUGGUGUAUCACAAAAGUCAAUUUGAUUUCUCAAUUUGUAUGCUCGUGAUUUGGUGAUAUAUGGCCAUACUCUGAAGAUGUUGUGUGAUUUUUUUGCAUUGUACAUGUAGAUGAAGUAGCUGCGGCAUGCCAAACUCAUCAGAUCAUCCCAUUGGAAUGAAUCAACCAAACCUAGUAACCAGAGAUAGUACACAUACCAUGAACUUGUACGUCAUAUACAUUGUUGAUCAUCUACAGAAAUGUAAUGUUCCAUGACAGUCCUUGUGCCUGCCCUUGUCAGAUAUAGCCUAGCUGCCCUUGUACCCAUCACCGAUGUUUCGGACUAGACCGAUCUAUUCUUUGGUUAAUUUGUUAUCUUUAUAUUUAUAUGCAUUUGGUAGUAUUGUAAUAUAAUUUCUAUUUAGCAAACACAAAGUAUAUUAGAAUUAUUGACUCCUCGUAUUCAGAACAAAAAUGAGCUAUUCUCAGCCUCAGGGGCAUUUAGGUCAUUUUAACACUCACCCAGCUUAUAUUCAGACAUCAGAUUCUCCAGACAGCAGCUUAUGAGAUAAGCCUGCUGCCCAGAUAAGCGAGGUCCAGAGAAGCGGAAACAAACAGGGCCAUGUUUAGUCUGCUUCUGGAUGUCCUCAGUAAAGGUUUGCCAUAAUUAGGGCUAGCCUUUUGCCCUCAACUUUAUUAAAAGCAGAAGCAGAGGGUUUUGAUAAGCUUUAGUUUGAAGUUUGGAUUAAAUUGCUGUAUAUAUUAGAAUUCACCUGCAAUUAUUGUUUGUUCUAGCCUUAGCCCAUGUUCAUAAUACAGUACUCUCUACUUUAGUAGCAUUGUACCUCACUACAAUACCUGACACUCCUUAACCUGCUAUUUACAAAUUAGGUUGAGCUGCUCCGAUUCAAUCAAUAAAGAAGGGCGAAAGGCUACGUGAGCUCUUGCUGCUUCUAGAAAUACUUACGCCAGGAUCAUGGCAAGCCUUGCCGAUUCUUUUCUAGCGGAUCUUGAUGAACUGUCAGACAAUGAAGGCUAUCCUGAAGAAGACAAUGCUGAGGCAGCUGGUAUGGAGGAGGAUGGUGAUGAUGAUAUACCUGACCUUGAGUCUCUUAAUUAUGAUGAUCUAGAUAGCGUCUCAAAGUUGUAGAAGACACAACGCUAUAAUGACAUAAUGCAAAAAGUUGAAGAUGCACUUCAGAAAGGCACUGACUUCUCCAAUCAAGGUUCCAUCCUGGAGGAGGAUCCAGAGUACCAGCUAAUUGUUGAUUGCAAUGCUUUGUCCGUAGAUAUUGAGAAUGAAAUCAUCAUAAUCCAUAAUUUCAUACGUGACAAGUAUAGGUUGAAGUUUCCUGAACUGGAGUCGCUCGUUCAUCAUCCGAUUGAUUAUGCCCGUGUUGUCAAAAAGAUUGGAAAUGAGAUGGACUUAACACUUGUAGAUCUGGAAGGGCUUUUACCUUCUGCAAUUAUAAUGGUUGUCUCAGUGACAGCAUCAACAACAAGUGGGAAGCCUCUUUCCGAGGAGAAUUUGGAAAAAACUGUUGAAGCAUGUGACAGAGCCCUUACCCUCGAUACUGCAAAGAAGAAAGUGCUUGAUUUUGUAGAGAGCAGAAUGGGUUACAUUGCACCAAACCUUUCUGCUAUUGUUGGUAGUGCUGUUGCCUCAAAACUGAUGGGUACCGCUGGUGGUCUGGGAGCGCUUGCAAAAAUGCCUGCUUGUAAUGUUCAGUUACUUGGUGCAAAGAGGAAAAAUCUUGCUGGAUUUUCUACUGCCACAUCUCAGUUUCGUGUUGGCUAUCUUGAACAAACUGAAGUAUUUCAGAGCACACCUCCAGCUCUGAGGACUAGGGCGUGCAGGCUUAUUGCUGCGAAGUCAACUCUAGCGGCAAGGAUUGAUUCAAUUAGAGGUGAUCCAACUGGAAAAGCUGGGCGGAACUUGUUAGAAGAAAUUCGUAAGAAGAUCGAGAAGUGGCAAGAACCGCCUCCUGCAAAGCUUCCAAAGCCACUUCCUGUUCCUGACUCUGAGCCUAAAAAGAAGAGAGGAGGUCGUCGGCUUCGAAAAAUGAAAGAAAGAUAUGCGCAAACUGAUAUGAUGAAGCUUGCCAACCGGAUGCAAUUUGGGAUUCCAGAGGAGAGCUCAUUAGGUGAUGGCUUGGGGGAAGGUUAUGGCAUGCUCGGACAGGCAGGAAGUGGCAAGCUGCGUGUUUCAGCUGGACAAAGCAAGCUUGCUGCUAAAGUGACGAAAAAAUUCAAGGAGAAGAGCUAUGGUAGCAGCGGUGCAACUUCAGGAUUGACAUCUAGUUUGGCAUUUACACCAGUUCAGGGAAUAGAGUUGUCAAAUCCACAGGCCCAAGGGAACCCGCUUGGAGGUGGAACUCAAAGUACCUACUUUUCUGAGACUGGCACAUUUUCGAAGAUCAGAAGGACCCAGUGGAAGCUGAUUUCUCCCUUGCAACCAUCGUAUCUCAUUUGCACUGCACUUGUUGAAAUCCUUGGGAUGCGUUGUUGAAAAAUACAAAAAUUCAGCAUGUAAUGUUCCCAGUCUUGUUUUCCAAUUGAAGCAAAUUCCAGAGAUUUUGGGACAGCAAUACACAGUUCUUACUGAUGCUUCAGGCACCUUUUCAAUACACAGUUCUACCCGUCGCAUGAUGAGUUGGAGAUA